AACCACAUUAACUGAAUGCAACUGAUAACGGUUUUUCAGACAUUCAGAAACAUGCAAGGAUGGCUAGAGGCGUAGUGUAGAUGAAAUGAAAUAUGUUGAAUCCAUUAACAGUUAAACGUAUACUUAGGCAACGCUUAUUUAAUGAUAAAGUGUUAAACUGAAGGAUCUCAAAGUAAGUACGUAUAUAUUCGGAACAGUGUUAGCUAAAAGGAUCUCAAAAUUGCAUACCACCAAUCUCCACGCAGAGCUGCCGUCCCAUGCCCUCAAUACAAUCUCUGCCAUCACAAAACAAUCCUACCAGAUUUGGUAUAUUAUAAUCGCUCCUGCAACAUUUAACACCUGGACAAAACGUCUCAUGAUGAAGAAAUGGUUUUUAAGGAUUUUGAUAGCGUGCCUUCUUUCAUGUCUGAUGUCGUUUGGGAUGUUUUUUUAUUAUCAGAAGGAUGAUUUGUCUAGCAUCAGAGCUACAUUCUUUAAAUUUGACAAUAACAACCUGAUGUGUUCAGUGCUUAAAGAAAGGAACACUAAGAUCAAAUACUGCAAUGGAUCAAUUCCAGUACUGCAGCGCGAUGUGCGGCAUUUUAAGAGGUGGUCAGUUUACAAGGCGAGGCUUACACACAGCGAGUAUGAGGCACAAAUGGGUGUGAUACGACAAAUCCAAACGGUAUGUGAGACGAACAGCAUACCAUUUUUCUUCUACGGAGGGUCACUGAUUGGUUCGUAUCGGCAUUUUGGGCCGGUGCCAUGGGACGAUGACAUAGAUAUACUAUUGAAUGUAAGCGACAAACAGAAGCUCAGAGACAGCGUUCGUGGUUCGACGGAAUAUACGCUGCUGGAGUUCAAAGAAAAUCUCUGGAAGUUUUUUAAAACCAACCGCAGUAAAUCGCUUGAAACUAAUAAAAAUUACAUGUGGCCAUUUAUUGAUGUACUAUUUUACGGAGACGACGGGAAGAAUUUAACGCUCCUCUGGGACAAUGUUGUACCAUAUCCGACCUUUUAUAAAACCGACGUUCUGCCAUUGUGGUACAUGCCGUUUGACACGCUCGUCGUGCCUGUUCCGAGAAAGCCGGAAAUAGUGGUAAAAAUCGUGCACGGGGAUAUCAGUUUGUGCGUUUCCGGGUUUUGGAAUCACCAAAACGAAGAGCCGCUUUUAAAGGAACUGAGGUUACCGUGUACGGCGUUGUACUUAAUAUACCCGUUCGUACAUCGGACUAUGCAUAACGACCUCAUUAAAGAAGAACUUCGAAUUGGCAAUCAAAUACAUAUGACGAUUGUUAGGACAGCUUGAAAGACUGUUUACGUACACGAAUGCAUGACUUUAUAGACGUAUUUAACAAAUACUCAAUUCCUGCACAAGCUAAUCAGGGGCGACACGUUCCGCCUAAACUGGAUUUUUGCUAAGAAGAGACUUUCUCGAACCGAACAAUAUAAUAAAAGCGGAAAGUGUCGUUCCUGUUUAGCCUGUGCGGACUGCACAGGCUAAUCUGGGACGACACUUUACGCACAUGCAUUAAACCCCCUUUUCACAUGACACGGCUCAUAUAAUCGAGUUUCAAUCCACCAAGGCGGUGAUCAUAACCGUAAUAAUGUUUUUAGUAUUUUAAUUGUUGUGCUCUAUGAAUUUUAUAAGCUAUAUAUUUUUUCACUUGUCUUGAGUAAAAAAACAAGCGUAUGUUGAAACAUUUUUUCUCUUGAUAAUAUUUCUGUUUCAGUAUUCCUAUGUUGUAAAGAGCCACUAAGGCCAAAGGAAUUUAGUGAUAUAAGUUGAAACACUAUUCGUAUGAUACCUACAUUUUGAAGAUGGUGAAUUAACCUUAUGAAACAGCUUCCGUUUCUGUUUUAAACACACAUAAAUAUACGUUGUCAGUAAAUUUACGUUGUCAGCAUUUUAAGUUGUAUUGUUAAAAUACUUUUAUUGAAUGAGAUUUCAAACGAUAGUUUAUUAUUGAGUGUAUGGGGUUAGUAUUUUGUGGGUGAUUUAUUUAAAUAUGGUAUAAUUGAGUGGCUAUCAUUGUCAGAUCUUUAUUUUUCGAUGUUUUAAACGGUCAAAACCCCUUCUUGUAUCACUGAGCUAUGUUAAAUAAAGAUAUCUUUAAAAUGAAAUCGCUAAGAAUAUUAUCUUUACACGUGCGUAAGAAAAUGUAAUCUUUCAAACUGGUGAGAUAAAAUAUUUGUAAGGAGUGAAAAUGUUUCUCGGGGAUUUUUUCUGUCUAUAUUAAACAUGUAUGAUCACAUAGAUAGUUGAAUGUGCAAAAAAUGAGCAUCGCUCUGUGAAAAGGGGGUUAAAUACAUGUGCGUAAAGUGUCGUACCAGAUUAGCUUGUGCAUUUCGCACAGGCUAAUCAGGGACGACAUUUUCCGCUUUGAUGGUAUUUUUCGAUUAAAGAACGUCUCUUCUUAGCAAAAAUGCAGUUUAGGACUGCGCGGGCUAAUCUGGGAGGAUACUUUACGCACAUACAUUAAACCCCAUUUUCAUAGAGCACGGCACAAAUAAAUUGCGAUUUAAUAUGAAUGUUUAGUCAAAAUAAUGUAUGUGUACGAGAACGUUUGUACUAGACAGAGUCUACAUAGACCUUCAGUGUGUGUUUUGAACGAAGUUGUACCAUAUUUAACGCUUAUAAGGUAUCAAAUAUAUUUGCCGAGUUCAGUCAA